AAAUUGACCAUGGGUCCCACCUGUUAGUAAAGAAAAAUCCCAGUAGGUCCCACCUGUUAUCUCGCCCCUAAAAUCCCGUCGUAUCUCUCAGUUUCAUUUCUCAGAUUUCAAUUUUCCUUCUCUGAGAAUUUUAGGAUUUUCAGAAUUUCAGAGAUGAAGAGCAACGGCAACACAAAGCUCAUCCUCCUCCACCCGUCGAUCAACCACAAAACGACGGCGUCUUCCCACCGUCUCUGGGUCUUCUUCUUCAUCGCUUUCUUCACUCUGAUUUUCACUCUCACUCUCUUCUCCACCGCCAUUAAUUCUUCGUCUCCUUCCUCAUCCAUCUCCACCGCCUUCCCUUCCUCUCCCUCCACCGUCCUCCCGCCCUCCAUCGCCACCGCGCUCCUCCAUUACGCCGCCACCUCAAAUGCCUCUUCCACCAAGAUGUCCUCCGCCGAGCUCUCCGCCGUCUUCUCCGUCAUCCGCAAGCUCUCCCCUUGCAACUUCCUCGUCUUCGGACUCACCCACGAGACUCUCCUCUGGAGAUCUCUCAACUUCCUCGGCCGCACCGUCUUCGUCGAUGAGAACGAGUACUUCGUCUCCAACUUCGAGAAAAUCCAUCCCCACAUCGAAGCCUACGACGUUCAGUACACCACCAAGGUCUCCCAAAUGAACUCGCUGCUCACCCUCGCGAAAACCCAAAUGAGCAGCGAGUGUAAACCAGUGCAGAAUCUUCUCUUCUCCGACUGCAAACUCGGCAUCAACGACUUGCCCAAUCAUAUUUACGAUAUCGACUGGGAUGUCAUCUUGGUCGACGGCCCGCGCGGGUAUUCCCCAGACGCUCCCGGCCGGAUGUCGUCGAUUUUCACGUCGGCGGUCUUGGCGAGGACCAAGAAAAAUUCAGCCGCGUCGAAGAAGAAAACCCACGUGUUCGUUCACGAUUUUGGUCGCGAAGUGGAAAAAAUUUACAGCGAGGAGUUUCUCUGCGAGGAGAAUUUGGUGGAGGUAGUGGAUUCUCUGGCUCAUUUUGUUGUGGAAAGAACCGAGCCUGAUAGAUUUGAGUUUUGUAGUAACAAAACCAGCUCCUCCUCGUCGCCGUCACCGGGAACAGAAGGUGACGACGACGAUUCCGACGAUGUGAGUGAUGACUGAGACGUGUACUUAUACAUAGGCGCUUUUUGUAAUUAUCACCAUUGUAUCUAUUACAUGUUUUCUUCUAUCUUCGCUUACCGUUUGUUUUGGAUA